AUGACAAACACAAACCGAACAUUAGUUGACUGGCUCGACGACCUCUGCGUGCGCUUCAUCGUCAACCUGCCCAAUGAAGAACUGCAGUCGGUGGAGCGAAUAUGCUUCCAGAUCGAAGAGGCCCAAUGGUUCUACGAAGACUUCAUCCGCCCUCUCGACCCCAACAACCUGCCCUCGAUGCACCUGCGCAAGUUCUCCCAGCUCAUGUUCCAGCACUGCCCCCUCUUCUCCGCCUACUCGGAAGAGCUGCACCAGCAGGCCUACGAGCAGUUCCUCGCCUACAAGACACGGGUCCCGGUGCGCGGCGCCAUCAUGCUCAACGAGGACAUGACCCACGCCGUCCUGGUCAAGGGCUGGAAGAAGGGUGCCAAGUGGAGUUUUCCCCGCGGCAAGAUCAACAAGGAAGAGACGGAUCUCGAUUGCGCCGUUCGCGAAGUCUGGGAGGAGACGGGCUACGACCUGAGGGAGGCUGAUCUGGUCGAGCCCGACGAGCACAUGAAGAAGAUCACCGUCACGAUGCGCGAACAGAGUAUGAUGCUGUACGUCUUCCGCGGCGUACCCAUGGACACUUACUUCGAGCCGAGGACGAGGAAGGAAAUUUCAAAGAUCGACUGGUACAAGCUCACCGAUCUGCCCACCCUGAGGCGGAAGAACCAGGUGCAGCAGCAGGGCACCGGAAACGACCUGAUCAAGGAGAGCAGCUUUUACAUGGUCGCGCCCUUCUUGGGGCCUCUGAAGCAGUGGAUAAAGCAGCAGCACAAACUGGGAAGGCAGAGACAGCGUAACAGCGCGCACAUGGCUCCAGCACCAGUGGCAGGCACCGACGACGAACAUGUCCAACCCAAUUUAUACGAGACUACGGCCGACGAAGCUGCCCCCGUCGCAGAUGCGCAAGUAGCCAACAACUUUGCAGAUAUGGUGGCCCGAUUGGGUCGCGGCCACCGCCCGAGCGACUCCUACCCAGAGCUAUCUCAAGCGCACCAGGCGCCACCACCACAGCAGAGUCAGGAUCCGGCAGAAGCGCUCAAGCGCCUACUCAGUGUCGGCAUGCAGUCGCCGCCAGUGGAAGCCCCUAGCCAGCCGCCCCCUCAAGGAAACCCGCUCCUCGCCCUGUUCAAGCAAGGCAACAACCAACAUGCAGGAAAUCAACAACCCAGGACGCCCUUUGAGCAGAUGAUGUCCCCGCCUGUGCAGCCAUCGAGUCCACAUGGUCAGCACGGCCCUCGGCCUCCGCAAAUGGGCAACAUGGGGCCGCCGCCGCCCUUCUUCCCACCGCACCAGAAUAUGCCAUUCCGAGGGCAUCCAGGGCAUAUGAACGGCAUGCAACCACCACCGCCACACAUGUCGCCUCAUUUCAUGCACCAGCAGCAGCAGCACAUGUUUCCACCCCAGCCACCUAACAUGCAGCAAGCAUUCGACCAACACAACCAGCGGCCACAGUUCCAAGAGAUGGGCGACUCACAGUUUGCUGGCGGCAAUGGCAGACCAGCGAUACCACCAGCCUCCAAAUUACCUGCCCCAAAUCUAAAUGCGCAUGCAAUGGGAUUACUGAACUCAUUCAAGAAUGACAACCAGCAACCUGCGUUCCCGCCGUCGCCUCAAACUACAAUCGCUGUUCCACUACAUCGAAGCCAACAAACAACGCCGAGGAUACAGCAUCCGAUGCCUCAACACAGGCCGCACGGUCUCGUAUCACCGCAGGCACAAUUCGCUCCUAGCCCACCGCAGUUUCAAUCACCUCCUAUUAGUUCGAGUUUUGAACCCGAACAACCGAAGCCAAGGAACGCCCAUCAAGAUUCAUUAUUGAGCAUGUUCAAAUCCACUCCACCACUGCCAAGUCCGCAGCCCCCGCCUGCAGAGUUGUCUGCACUCCCUACAACACCAGCAUACGUCUCCGCGCAACCUGUCGUGAACCCACCCAAACAGCACAAUGCGGCUCUCCUUAGCGUAUUCCACGCUCCUUCGAGUAAGACAAAUAUGACGUCGGCUACUGUGAGCGGACCAGUCAAUGCCCCGGAUUUCGACACCAUGAAGAAGAACAGACAGCCGACGAACGGCAGUUCACGCGGACCGUCACCGACUACCAACAUGCCCUUCAUGCCUCAGCAGAUACUCAAACGUACGCCGCAGGCCUCGCCUAAACCUGCGCCGCCAGUGGAAGUAUCUGCAUCACCGCAAACCGCAUUUCAGCCUCAGGUUCUGAAGAGACCUCAACAGCAGAUCAAGGUACCAGGUCAGGCAGCUUCAGGAGAGACAUCACACAAACAAGGCUUGCUAGACAUGUUCAAGAGUGCCUCACCGCAACCUCCACCCGUCCAGCCGGCGGUAAUACCAUCUCGCUCACCAGUUCCUCCACCCCUAUCCGACAUGGACCGACGUGAAUCUGUACCUGCAGACCAGAAGAACGCUCUGCUCUCCCUCUUCGGUAACAAACCAUCGCCAUCCCCCAAGCCACAAACGCAUAGCCCGGUCCCACCGGCUCGCUCUCCUUUCCCACCUACUCCUAAAACAUCAAUGUCCGGUGUCAUCAGCCCUGUCAGCCCACUGCCUACAAACGGCAGUGUAGGUGCAACCAGCCCAGAAGGCAAUGCGAACCGGAGUCGAAUCAGCAGCAUCGGAGACGGAACAGCGCCCAGCAUCGUCAUACCACCAACAAGUCGCCCGAUGGAUGCAGGAGUCAGCCUAACUCAGAAUGAAGGUGUCAGUGUAGUUGGUCUGAGUACUCAGCAGAGCCGGGCGGGAAGCACAAGCGAGGGCAAGAGUCCUGUGGAUAAGUCUUUCCUCUUGGGCUUUUUGGAAAACGUUGCCAGAGGCGGGCGAUAG